UACUGUCAAAAAGGCGCGCAAGCAAAUUGACGAAAGAAGAUACGGAUUGCAGUUUGUAAAAUGAUCGAAUACGCGCGUUCGUAAUUUCGUUGUACAAAAGAGAUAGAGAGGAAUUUUCUCUUCGCAAUCACGGUUGCGCGUAAGACAGCAACGACAUACGGAGGCAAGAAAAUUAAAAUUUCUCCGCGAACGGCGUUUUUUGAUAUUUUGCACGAGGAUAAGUCACAGCGUUGGAACAUCUGUUCAGGUUAUGCUUUGUUAAAAAAACACUCUACGCGCGUGUAGCCGAGUGAUAUAUAAAUUUAUUGACAACCGAUUUGUUGAUUCCAAAGUGGUUAAUUCUUUAAAAAAGAAAAAAAAUAAAGAAAAAUGGAUCCUUCGUGCGAAGAGGACGAGCUGUUCGACGAGAUAUUGUCUAUGAAUUAUAAGACGAUCGAGUCGCAAGAAAGCGACGAGAAAAAGAAGAGCAAUGUAGAGAGCAAUGGUACGUGCAAAACUGAGGAAACUGCAAAUGAGGUUCGCAAAGAUGUUCAGGAAUACGAGGAUUGGAGCACUCUGAGCGACGACACCCCACCGGAUCACGAUGUAGAAGAUGCGGAUAAGGUGCAGGACUCGGAUCAUUGUCCGGAUCCUGUGGAAAGUACAAAUAACAUUAGAUACAUAGAGUACAAAGAUAAUGUGAAGAAUAAACCGGAAAAUGCGCACGUUUGGCGCAAAAGGCCAAGACAGAACAGUGCGGAUUAUAAAACAACCAAAAUCUUUCGUACGAGAUGUGAUUCGAGUGACUCUAGCACGACUACCAAUUCGUCAGAGAACGGGAGAAAACCUAUAGAGUACGAAACAGAUCCGGUUGUGUUGGCGAGAAGACAAAAAGAAAUAGAUUACGGAAAAAAUACCAUUGGAUACGAUAGAUACAUUCAAAUAGUCCCAAAAGAAAGACGUACGAGAGAACAUCCGAGAACGCCGCCGAAACAUUUAAAGUACAGCAGAAGAGGUUGGGACGGCAUGGUAAGACUGUGGCGAAAACAACUUCAUUCUUGGGAUCCUCCUCAGGAGAAUAAUAAGGUCGACUAGGUUUUUGAAUCUAUUUUACGUGUCAUUUUUAGUUGAAGUAUACAUACUGCCAAUAUAUAGAUAUAAUUUUUCUUUAUUUAUAUACCUUCUAUUGUGCAUUAUUUUGUACUUUUCUAAGCAAUUUUU